UCAAACACUUCGGGAAACUCGAUGUUUUGGUAAACAACGCCGGCGCUGGUGUUGGCGGUAAAAUUGAAGACAAAGAUUUUUACGAGAAGUUUCAAAAAGCUAUGCAAAUAAAUCUCAAUUCUGUGGUCUAUUUAACGCAUAUAUGUGUCGAGCAUUUGGAGAAAACUAAAGGAAAUGUUAUCAACAUUUCAAGUGUCGCCGGGAAGAGAGCUGUGUCGGGUUUCAGUCCUUAUUGUGUGGCAAAGUGUGCUCUGGAUAUGUUCACCAAAUGUAUGGCCGCGGAGUUGGGACCCAAACGUAUCCGCGUUAAUGUCAUCAACCCUGGUCCAAUUCGCACUGAAUUUGCGGCAGCAAUGGGUAUACCACAGGAUAUAAUGGAUAAACAUAGACAGGAUUUCGUAGCGAAAAUGCCAAUAAGCCGGGUCGGCGAGUCCGAGGAAGUCGGUGACGCCAUACUAUACCUGGCCAGUGACCAUGCUGCUUUUGUCACCGGCACUAACCUCAUUGUGGAUGGAGGUGUUAUAGCAGAUCAGUAA